AUGCCUACGCUGCUGGAAGCGCUGGAGGAGAAGUACGGCAUGGAGCCGGACGAGAAGGAAGAACACGUGGAGGAGGAAGUUCUGGUGUCUAUCUUUGUUCCGAAGCUGCCCCCGAGACAAAGCACUCCACAGUUACUUAUACUGAACGAUUGCAAUAUCGAUCGUGCUGGGGAGCCAGAAGAUUUGAAGAAAAAAUGUCGCAUCGUGAAGGAACUCGAUUUGGCACAGAACAAGCUAAACAACUGGAACGAGGUAUUCGUCAUCCUGUCACACAUGCCACGUGUAGAGUUUGUGAACCUGAGCCUCAAUCAUCUGACCGGCCCGAUCCAGAAGCCACCCGUCACGAAGAUGGACCACCUUCGGAACCUUGUGCUAAACAACACCAAGCUGGAAUGGUGCAGCGUUGAGAAGCUGUUACGUUUGCUGCCCGCACUUGAGGAGUUACAUCUUAGCCUAAACGAGUAUACACAUGUGCUGAUCGACACAGUCAAUCCGAAGGGACAACCGUCCGACACUGGGCGCAGUGAUGCCGGUGGUGGACAACGCACAGAUGCUACCGGCAAUAACAAUACCAAGGACGAAACAGCCACUAGUCAAACGGAGGAGGACACCAUGUCCGGCUGCUCCUGUUCUUCGUCCACGUCGCACCUAACCGGGCAGAACAAAUCGGACCCGGCCGCUGUGGAACCACCGCCAUUGCAAACCGAUCCGCACGGUGGCGUACGGAAGCUACAUCUGACCGGGAACUACAUUUCCGAGUGGGGUGAAAUUUGUCGCAUCGGGCGAGUAUUUCCACAGCUGGAAGCGUUGGUGCUAGCAGAUUGCCCGUUAAGAUCACUUAAACCUACAGAUCCGCAAGGCAACGAAAAUGACGAAGAAAGUCAUAAAUAUUUUCAACAACUGAAACUGCUAAACCUGAGCAAUGCUAAAAUUGACUCAUGGGAAGAUAUCGAUCGGUUGGCAGAGUUUCCCGCACUGUGCAAUGUUCGGCUCCAGUACUGGCCACUGUGGGCACGGACGGACUCGACGACGGAGCAUGAACGACGGCAGCUUUUGAUAGCGCGGCUUCCAAACAUCAGUAUUCUGAACGGUGGUGACACAAUCGGUGCCGUCGAACGGGAGGAUGCCGAACGUUCCUUCAUUCGCCACUAUCUAGAUAAACCGGACGCGGAACGGCCACGCCGGUACUACGAGCUGAUUGGUGUGCAUGGACAGCUGGAUCCGCUCGUUAACAUUGACCUGCGUCCCGAAAGGAAGGUAAAGGUGCGCUUCACAUUCGAAGACCAAGCGAUCGAGCGAACGGUGGAUGUGAAUAGAACGGUAAGUGAUUUGAAAUCACGCUUGGAAAGGAUAUUCGAAGUACCAGCCGCCCGGAUGCGACUGUACUACGUCGAUCAAGAUUUCCGCGACCUGCAAGGUCUGGAGGAGAUGAAGUACCCGCACAAGGUACUGUACAGUUACAACAUACGCUCCGGCGAUGAGAUCAUCAUUGAACGGAAGGUGAAAAGUUGA